AUGCUUCCGAAAAACCACAGCGUUGUCGCGGAUAUGACAGCGUUGCAUCACAUCCACGAGGCGGGUAUCUUGCACAACCUCAAGGAGCGCUCCCGGCCGUGGCGCCAGACUCCGUAUACGUGGAUGGGGACGAUCUUGCUAGCGGUCAACCCGCUAAAGGCGGUGCCACAGCCACCGAUCGAAGACUUCAUGAACCGGUCGCUCGAUCCGGAGAGACCUCACCCCUAUGCCAUCGCGGAGCUCUCGUACCGACAAAUGCGUCUCGCGGGCGGGAGAGCGGGGAUGAACCAGUCUAUUGUGGUCUCCGGCGAGUCCGGGGCGGGAAAGACGGAGACGGUCAAAAUCAUCCUGAGUAACGACGACGACGACGACAUCAAAAACAACCUCGCAAUAGCAACAUGGACGGACAACAUCAACGACACAAGUAUACUAGUUCUUGCGCUGUAUGCGAAACGACAUUGUGAGCAUCGAUCGCAACAGCAAUGGCCACAAAAACCAACGAAACCCACCAACAACCACAGCUACCUGGCGAGGCGAUCGGCCGCACCGGACGAAAACCUGGAGCUGAGGGUGCUGGAAUCCUCGCCCAUCCUCGAGUCCUUCGGGAACGCGCGGACCCUCCGCAACGACAACUCCUCCCGCUUCGGGAAGUUCCUCAAGCUGCGCUUUACGUCCGGAGAGGUGUCCCAUCUCGACGGAGCCUCGGUGGAGCCGUACCUGCUGGAGAAGAGCCGCGUCUUGGCCCAGGGAGAGGGAGAACGAAACUUCCAUAUCCUUUACGAGCUGGUGGCAGGUGCCGUGCAGGACGGGGCCUUGGCGAAGGAGCUCAAGGUGCAGUGCGCCCGUCCGCCCGCUGCCGCGGUGUUGGUUUUGAGAAUGAAAACUCGUAGAAUUGUCCAACGGCAGGGUCACAUCGAAUGCGUGCUGCGCGAUGAAGAUCUAUUUGUGCUGGAGAACGCCACCAACUACCGCAUCCUAUCGGCUAGCGGGUGCAUCACCCUGGAAGGCGUGGAGGACGCCGAUCGUUUCAAGGCCAUCCAAGACGCCUUUACCACAGUCGGAGUGGAGGAAGACGCGCAGAUGCAGGUGUGGAAAGCGCUGUCGGCGGUGCUCCACCUGUCGACCUUGGAGUUCCACGAGGCCGAUCACCAGGAGGGGCCGGUCGCGGCGAUCUCCGAUAAAACGACUUUGGCGAAUGUGGCUUCUCUAUUGGGCGUGGAAGAGAAAACCUUGGAAGACAUGCUCACCCUCAAGGUGGUGCCGGUUACGAGGGGGGAGGUAUUCACGAAACGGCUGGCGAUCAAGGAGGCCGUCCGAUCUCGCGAUGCGGCGACCAAGUCGCUGUACGAAGCCAUCUUUAUGUGGGUUGUGAAGGCGAUCAACCUGUCCCUAGGGGGCACCAAGGUCAAGGGAGACGACAAGCUGCCCUUCAUCGGACUGCUCGACAUCUUCGGGUUUGAAAACUUCGGGCACAAGAACAACCUGGAGCAGCUGCUCAUCAACUAUGCCAACGAGUCUCUGCAGGGUGACUUCAACAAGCAGGUGUUCGAGAACGAGCUGCGAGUUUACGCGGAGGAAGGGAUCGACGUGACGGUCUCGGCCUCCGUCUACUCGUCCUCGUGCCUGAGAAUGCUUACCGGGAAGCGAGACGGCGUCCUGCCUGUCCUCGACGACGUGUGCAGCCAGCCUCUGCCCACCGACAAGCGUUACCUCGAACGGUUACACGUUUCGUUCUCCAAGCGGAAGAGCAUGGGCAUGGACGUGGCCGUUUCCAGGUCUCGGGAUCUGGAGAGCUUCUGGGUGAAUCACUACGCGUCGAAGGUGUUGUACACUGUUGACGGGUGGGUGGAACGCAACAUGGACAGCGUGCCGCAAUCGUUCGCGGAUACCAUUCUGUCGAGCAAACACUCGGUAAUUCUGGAUGCGGGGUCUGAGUACAGGUCAGCGUCGGACGCUCCCGAGAAGGACAAGAAGUCUAGCACCGGGCAAAUAGGGUCCGUGCCCCUCCCCAAGAAGCUGGGUGGCAGGCCGCAAAACAAGACUACCAUGCUGGCUAGAAGAACGGUGGCGGGCAACUUCAUGAUCUCCAUGAAGAAUCUCAGCGCAACCCUGGCGCAGACCACGUGCGGCUUCGUGCGCUGCGUCAAGCCUAACGCGGCCAUGGACUUCGGCAUCUUCGACGGCCACUAUGUGGUGGAGCAACUGCGGUGCCUUGGAGUCUUGCGGACGUGCGAGGUGCUCAAGGUCGGCAUGCCCACACGUAUCUCCUACAUCGACCUCAAGAUGUCACUGGGAGACGGCAUCCUGGAAGCGGAGAAGAUGUUCGAGGGCGAGCCGGAGAAGUCGCUCGUGGCCGCCAUCCUGUGGGCCUUCGACGUGCCUUCGGAGGCUUUCCGCUUGGGGGCAACUCGCGUUUUCUUCAGGGCCGGCCAGAUUUCGGUCCUGCACAAGAUUCUGAACGAGACACCGACGGAGAAGAUUCCGUGGGUGCUGUCCAGGCUGCGGUUGGCCUUGGCGAACCGUAGGAUGGCCAGGAUCGCGGCGGAGGAGGCAGAGGAUGCCCUGGCGGAAGCUGAGGCCGCGGUUAUGGAAGCGGAAGCGGUAUCGUCCGCCGGUACCGGCCGCCCGGUGGAGAAGAACAACCGUCCCCCCAUGUCGCCCGGAGCGAGCGCCGACGAGGAUAUCAAGGCGCUCGUGGCCACUGUGGACAAGGCACGCAGGGCCGCUCAGAACACGUCUCAGGUCAAGUCGGUGCUCAAGGCGUCUGUGGCGGAGGGCGUUGGUCAGAAGGCUGUUGGUGCCGACGAGAAGGUGAAGAAGGCAUCCGAAGAGGCUUUGGCGGACAUCGCCAAGGCCACCCAAAGGGCGAACGAGCUUGAAGGGCUAACGAACCUGGGCACGACGAUGGCGGACGGCGCGACCGGCGAGACGUCCGCUGUGCGCGAGCUGCACACGGCCCUGAGGGACGUUAGGGAGGGCCUCGCCAAGUCCCGCAAGCUCUGGAAGAGCUCGGAGGAAGCGGCGGACAAGUGCGAGGGCUCUACCGCGGUCGAGGCCGCGAAACAGUCGAAAGACGUGGCCGCUGACGUCAUCGAGAAAUCGAAGGUCGUGUCGGAAACUUCCAAGAGGGCGAUCGAGAUCGCUCGAAAGCAACGCAGGGCUAAGGAGGCCACUACCCGUGCCACGGAGAAGGCCCUCCGGACGUUCAGGACGUUCCAAGUCACGGCGCGGCAGGCUACCCUCGACGAGAAGAGGGCUCGCGAGAACAUGCCCGCCGCGGACGGCAGCAAGAAAUCUCUCUCCUCCUUGGUGCCCUCAGCGGCAACUCCGGGCCGCGGCCUGACGGCUGCGGCACUAGCAAUGGCCGCUGGCGCCCCCGGCAGUGGCGGUGGUGCGGCCGCCGGUGGCGCCGGCGCGGCUGCCGCCGCGGAAGAGAAGUACGAGAACCUUACCGACGGCCAGAAGGAGGUGCGCGCGGUGGGGCAGAAGGUGGCGGUAGCGGAAGCCGCGACGGCCAUCGAAGAGCUGUCGAAGGAAGAGGAGCAGAAGCGCCUGGAGCUGGCGGCGCUCGAGGAGGAGCGGCUGCAGGAACUCGAGGAGGAGGCCGCGGCGACGACUAGCGGAGCGGUGGCGGCGGCGGCGGCGGCGGCGGCGGCGGCGGGCGGCGGCGUCGAGUCGGCCGAGCAGGACGCUAAGCUUCAGCAGGUUGCGGACGCGCUUCGGAAGGUGAAGGAGGAGGCAGAAGGCGGCGGCGGCGGUGGCGCCGGUACUGUCGGCCGUGUGGACAGGGGGAAGAAGCCGGUGACCGCUGUUGUGGCGGCGGCGGCUGAGGGCGGCGAGGGGGAGGGCGUCGGCGUCGGCGGCUCAUUCCCCACCCGGAGAGUGCAGACCACCGGCUGGGGAGAGAACGGUUCGCACAACGGUCCGGGGUCUGUCAAGGACCGCUUGGGAACGUUUUCGUCCGGUGGCCCGGCUUCGGGGUCGUCGUCGGCGUUGGCUACUUCGCAAGGAGAUGUUGUAGCCACGGCUCCCGGCUCGGGAGCGGAAGGGGUGGAGGCCGGUGCACCCACGGCGGAAGCUUUCCCGGCCGACCAAGGGUUUGGUGCUGAUGAGAAAUCCGCUGUCGGCACGGAGGCGGCGGUGGCGACCGGAGCGGCGACCGGCGCCGUCCGAGAGGGCGGCCGGCGGGUGCAGACAGGCGGGUGGGGCGAGAAGGGUGACCGGACAGGCCCGGGGUCGAUCAAGCAGCGUCUGGGAGCCUUCCUUUCCCGCGGCAGCAAGAACCGCUCCUUGCAAGGAAGAGAGGCCGGCGGCGGCGGUGUGGCGGGGGACGAAGUGAGCAGCAGUGGUAACCGACCGCCGGCGAGAGGCAGCGUCCACGACUCGGUGCCGGACGUGCCUUCGGUCGUCGACAAGAGCGGUGGCGGAACGGCGGCGGGGGCCAAGGGGCACGCGAACAGCGGGAAGAAGGGUUCCGGGUCGAUCAAGACCCGUCUCGAGGCAUUCACGUCUGCCGGGACGUUCUCUUCUGGCGGCAGCAGCAGCAGCAGUGGUAAUCGCGAGGGAGCGGGGGCGGGGGACGGCACCAGCGGGAAGAGGAGUCCCGGGUCGAUCAAGAACCGCCUCGAAGCCUUCACGUCUGGCGGCGGCAGCAGCAGCGGCAGCGGCGAGGGAGACGAGGCGGGAGCGGGGGCGGGGGCUAGGCACCGACGCGGCAGUGGCACCGGCAGCGUGCACGAUAUCGUGCCGGACGUACCGUCCGUUGGCGAACGACGUGGGAGCGGUGACCACGGGCGCAUAGGAGCUGAUCUCGGAUGGGGAGAAGGCGCGAACCAGACCGGCCCCGGGUCGGUCAAGGAGCGCCUCGGGGCAUUCACGUCUGGCAGCGGCACCGGCGGCAGCGACGAGGGAGAGGAGGCGGGGGCUGGCGCCAGCCACCGACGCGGCAGCGGCUUGGGCAGCAGCAGCGGCAGGAGCGUGCACGAUAUCGUGCCGGACGUACCGUCCGUUGGCGAACGACGUGGGAGCGGUGACCACGGGCGCGUGAAAACUGAUCUCGGAUGGGGGGGCGGGAACCAGACCGGCCCCGGGUCGAUCAAGGAGCGCCUCGGGGCAUUCACGUCCGGCGGCGGCGGCGGCGGCAAGAAGGCCGGUGACGAUGGAGCAGCGGACGCCGCCGACGGGAGCGAGGGUCGCCGCGAAGGAGACGGGAGCAGGGCCGCGGCAUACCUCCGCCCCCUCCGCGGGUCAGGGAGCCAGGCAUCGGCCACCACUUCGGACGAGGGAAGCGAGGAGGCUCGCGACGGGAUUUUCCCUGCGUCUGGAAGGGGGCCGCACCGCCGGAGGGGGUCGGGGGGGUCUAUCGAGGGCCGCGUCAACGCCUUGUACGGGUCCAAGACGACGGCGGAGGAAGGCUCGACGGCGGCGGCCGGCGGCGGCGGUGGCCGGCAGCGCCGCGGCGACGUUCAUGGGGCUGUGGGAGAGUUGGCGGAGGCCACAGGCGCCGGCGCAGAACGAAGAGUCGGCCGCGUGGGGAGUGGCAGCGUCGGCUGGGGAGAAGGCAAGGACCAAGGCGCGCCCGGUACCGUCAAGGACCGCGUCGGCGCGAUCGGCAGUGGAGGUCGCGCAGGAGGCGCUCCGGCGGGGGGCCGUCCGCCGCCGCACCAGACCGGUGCCGUGCGAGCGACGGCGGCGGCGCACGGCGGCCUGUCUAGCACCUUCUCCUCUAGCAGCAGCUUGGCCAGUGGUGCGGCGCGCUCCCCGCCACCCAGCUCAACAACUCGCAAUGCUAUCGGCAGCGGCGCCGUAAGCAGGAGCGAUAGCGGCGGCGGCACCGGCUCGACGCCGUCCCCGCCGAAGCGUAAGUCUAGCAUGACGCGGGAGGAGGCUGUCGCGGCGCUGGCGGAGGCGGAAGCAGAGGCCGACAGGGAGGAGGAGGAGUGGGCCCUCAAGGUCAAGGAGCUCGAGAAGGAGCGUCGGAAAGCGCGCGACGAGCGGCGAAAGCUGGCCGUCGAGACCGCCGAGGCGGCCGGGUUGCCGCCGCCGCCACGCCCGUCCUCCGGCAAGUGGCAGAGCGCCAAGGGUGCUCUUGGUGACGCCGGAGGAGAUGCCGCCGCUGCCGCCGAUCAGGACGGCGGUACCGAGGCUGGUAGCCCGGCAAGGCGCCCGGGAGGGCUCGUUGACGUGCGGGCGAGAGCGCUCCGACUCGAGGAGGACGCCAAGAAGCGAGCGGGCGACGCGAAGAAGGAGUUGCCGUCGGCUGUCCGGCCGCUGUCGAGGAGCGCGUCCGGCGGGGUUAGCGGUUCCGCGUCGGCAGUCCCGCCGCUAUCCAGGAGCGCUUCUGGCGGGGUGAGCGGUGCCGGCGGGAGCACCGACAGAAAGCCGCGCAAGAGGUCUAUGAGGAAGUCUGGGUUCCCGCUUGGGAGCUUCGACGGCGCCGGGUCGGCGACGUCUAAGGACGAAGAGGGCGGCGGCGACGGCGAGGACACCACUUCGAGCACCUGGCCGAAGCCUGGGCUCGCGUUCGUGGCAGCGUAUGAGGACGCGGACGGCGGCAUGGAGGCCAAGAAGCCGAUCGAAGGCUGGGAUCCCGCAGAGGGCAUGGUACCCUGGCGUUCUCCGGAGCGUGCCCCCGAGUAUGGAGGCACCGAGGAUGACAGUGACCCCAAGAAGCCGGACACGUACAUUCGCAGCGCUAGCUUCGGAGUAAACACGAUGGAACCGCGUAAUUCACCGUGGGGGAGCCGGGAUCAAAAAGCGUCCAUGUACCGCAACCACAGCUGGAACGUAACCGGUGCCCAAGAAGAGGCGGACGUCUCUUGGAGCGCCGUCGCCAAGGACGGGGCAGACGAUGAGGUGAACCACCCGAAGAAGGGCAAGGAGGGCAUCAUCCUGGAGUCGAUGCUGUUCAAGGACGACGCUAAGGAGAUCGGAAUUGUGGAGCUGAAGGUGAUGAACCUCAACACCUCCGAAGACAAGCGAGAGAAGCCGACCAGGCGCGCCCCUAAAUGGAACCAGUACUUCUUCCGUCUUAGGGAAGAGACCCUCACCAAGUCUCUCCCACGACGACCGUCCUCCCCCGGUAACGCCGACCAGCAAUCCGAAGACAUGAAGCUCACGUCGGCUACGAUAACGUCGUACACCAACACUAAGAACUGCUUCUGCGUCCGCACCGACGAGGUGUCGUGGUUUCUGCUUGCAAGAAGCCUGGACGACAUGAAGAGGUGGAUGUCCGCCAUCAACCUACGCGCCAGACACAUCUUCCAGAGGGAACACGGGGUGCACGACGACUAUGCGGGGCAGGGUCGCAGAGGGAGGUUCUUCUACCGCAUGGUUGAGGGCUCGGUACCGCAGUGGAUACUCACGCACCCGAUGACGAAGGCCCCGCGCACGGGCGAUGGGCUCUUCCCCGGCGAGGUGGUGGAGGUGACGCAGGUGUUGAGCUCGGAAGACGUGACCUUCCUGCGGUUGGCCAACGACCGUGGGUGGACGUUCGCGAGGAGCCCUGCGGAUGGCAGCGUUUUGUUCGAGGACCUCGCGGGGGGAGUCGCGGAAGACACCGAGGAAUACACCUUCCCUCCCGGGGCGUCGGGCAUGGUGCCUAUCCUGCACGGACCGGGUCUCAAGACGCAGGCGACGGGAGUUUUUGUUCGUCCGGGGGAGCGCGUCCGCGCGUCGGAGCGCUUCACUCCACUGGACAACUCUAAGGUGGUGUUCGUCAAGCUGCAGGACGGGAGGGGAUGGAUGCCCUUGAAGAGCGAGCACGGAGGGCCCUCCACUAUCCUCCAGGGGUGGUAAUAUUGGACGCUUCUUCACGAAGGGAUCCUACAGGGAUGGUAUUAGUGGGUACUGCUGCACAAUGCGGCCUCGUAAUUACGAGAAAUCUACAUGUGGUAUGUGGCACUGUAAGGAAAGGGGCACCGCGGUGCCGUCGUACUGUAUGGAGGGGUAGCGUUAGGCCGAGGGCGCCGUAGGAAUAAGAGCAAGGGGGCGCGUGACUUUCCAACGAUAGGUCGCUGUGAGGAAAAGCGGGGGGAUGUGUUUGUACGUUUGUUUGAAUUUUUUGGGGGGUCCCAGGGUGGGAGGGGGAUGCGAACACUCUCACCCCCGUACGGAGCCCCGAAGUAUACCUAAAAUUUGUACUUGACGAAUCAAGUCUGUACUCAAGUCCUUUUGUUUGUGCGAGAACCGUCGCAGCGUGCAGUUUGUUGCUGCAGUAGCGUAGGUUUCCCAUCCCCUUGCGACAAGUCGGUCAUGUGGAGUGUCUGCCAGUUUGAACGAAGGGAGGGGCGGCGGGUGCUGUUGAUUCGGCCAGUCCGUCGAGUGCAGCGAGCAAUCUAUUAGAUGAUGUUUGAAGGGUGCAAGCUGGCGCGCCUCUUCGCUCGGGCAGGUGGUCGCACCUUGUCGCGAGUAUAGCCCUACAUAUCGCAAGUCCUCGCGGCCAUGUUCUUUUUGCAAAAAAAACAGUGUGUAAAGGAUUGUGUCCUCGGAGUCCCGUUUGUUUUGUUCAAUUGUUUUUUGUCCUUAAGGCACACUUCGGUUCGGACUCAUAGAAAGGGUGGGUGGGGGUGGCUCCAUCUAUUGAAGGUGGAUGUCACGGGAGCCAGUCUCUGGCUGCCAAUUUUUUCCGGCGGCGAUUCGUUCGCGGUGUGGUUUUGCGGGAUGCGAGAGAGGUAGCCAGCCACGCCCGGCCGCGGGCUGACUGCUGCUCUGUUACUCGGGGGUUAAUAUGGGUGUUCGACAGUGCGGAGUUGUGUACCCCGGGCGUUGCUGUAGGCGUCGGCCGUGCCGCCCUAUUAUCUCCUCGUGUGUCCGACUCUCGUUGUGUCUUUGUCGCUGGUUUGUGUUGUCGUCGCUAAGGGUGUUUGGAUGGUGUAAGGCUGCAGAGCAGCCCGGCGUGCGCGCGUUCCUAACCGUGGCCAGCGCUUCUCUUGUUCGUGUCUGCCGCACCAGCAGGCAGGCCGGUAGUCCUCUUUACGGAGCCACUUCCGCGUCGCAAUCUUUUGUGUGCCGCGUCCUGUGGUAUCCCAUGUGGGGAGUGGCGAAAUGUCCUUACGACCUUCGUUCAUAUCGAUGGUAGUCGCUUCACAAGCUCUCCCGGGAGCGUAGAACAUAAGCUAGCUAGCUAGCGCAGUAGAACAAUGGAAAUGCGGGGUGUGUGCUGGGAAGGGAGGGGGGGUGGGGAAGGGGGGGUACGUGCACGCCCUGGAAGCCAGACCGGGUAUUUUUACAAAAGACUGUCCGAAAACACAUGCACGACUGUCUCAGCGGUGAUUGCAGUAGUGAAAGCGAUAGCUUCGGGUGCACGACCUUCUAGGACGUAGAAAACGGAGGAAGGUGCAAGAAAAAAAAUCAUGCGGCGGUAGGUUGGGUCAUGGCCCAUCCUCCGUCCCAUUUUUUCCUGGAGAUGGUGGGUUAGAUUCCGCGUGGGGUACGUGCUGUUUUGGGUCUUGCGCCGUGGCGAGGUGGAUGAAGAAUGUUGUCGAACGCACCAGUCUGUCUGUUGGUAGUCCUCCUUCCAAAUCGGAGGUAUUUUCGGAUCGCUGCGGGCGGUAGGUACAUUCAGUCUCAGACGGACGCCGUGAGUAGGGGUAGGUGGAUGGAUGCAUGGAUGCAUGGAUUGAUGGAUGUACCCAACGUGUUCUUUGGGCUGUAUCAGGGAGGUGUUGUGGUUCUCGAUGGUGAUGAUGAUGGCGAUGAGAGUUGAAGUUUGUGUUUUCCAAUCUUCUCGCCCGCGUGGCCUCGGGGCUGCCAUACCGUGCGUUUAUCUGGCGCGCGCGCGGUUGAGCGGGAAUCGACGCAAGAAGUUUGUUGUGUGAAAAUAACUAGAUGCUAAUCCCUUGCAUGUGUCCAUUUUUUUUUUUUUAUUUGGGGCCUGUGCCGGAGUCGAGAGAAAGAGCGGAAGGGAGUUGCGCCGUUGGUGGCCUUCUUUUUGUCAAGUACUGGCCGGCUUUGCCAUUCUUGGUGUAGAUAACACGCUAGAAAGGCGUGACAUUUCUUUGUCUCUAUUGCGCUGAUGCGUCUUUUAAUAUGUUGGUGAGUUCUGUCAAGCAAGCACAAAAAGCGUGAAUGAUUUAACUUUGCCGAAAGUGGUGGUGUUCUCAUGCAUACGUACUCACGGUUUCCUUUUUUAAUUUCUUGUUGCCAUGGAUUGGCUUUGUCACCAUUCCUGUCCCAUCUCUCCUUUGUCGAACCGAAUGGAUGGCGAGCCUUUGGUGUGUGGCGAGGGAGAGGGUAGCUUCGGUGGUACGUGCAUUUGUUCUCCGGUCUCGAGAUAUGUGCACGUACAUGACCGUAAAUAAGAAGUGACUGCUGCUGCUGCUCCUGCUGGCACGUAGUCGUUAUCGUCGUUGUCGCUGUCUGUGGUUUUCUUUUUCUCUCUGUGGCAUUCAUGACUACUACAUGUUUAGUCACCUGCAUGGCAAGAAUGAAUAUCAAUCACGGCGUGUGUGGGGGGGGGUAGCCCUUAGUUCUUCCUUCUUCGCGAUGGUUGCCAUUCGGCGACCGGUGUGUGGCCGUGGCAUGGGCGCCUCGCUUCAUUUGGAAAUGACGUGCCCCUUAGGUUAAAAGUCUCUUUCGUUUUUGGGUGAGCUAUUGUAGCUCCAUUUUGGAUGGCGGACCACACAGGAUCAGAAACAAUACAUAAACAACCAAAAAAGAGUUUGUUUCUAAGCUUUUUUUUUGGUGUGUCCUUGCCCUGUCUUGCUUGUUUCCUUUGCCCCCGGCGUGCGUGAUGAUGAUCGAUCAUGCGAAUGGGGCGGUGAUUUUGAAUUGUUGGAGGGUGGAACAGUGUUUCAUUCAGGUUCCUUCGCCGGGGGCGGCUAUGCUGUACACCUAUCUGCACUGACUGCUGCCUGUCUGUACCUACUUAGUGGUAACGGGCGACGAGCUUCGCAAGAGAGGAGGCAGACCGUCAUGAAUUUCACCUACACAGAAGGAGUGAAGAUCAGAUGUCAUUGAUCGAUGGUAGGACGGGGUUGGUAAGAAUAAUGAACCGACGAACCGUCGUAUCGUGCUUCGUGUUUUAUUCUAUAUGCAAGCAAGCGUUUGGUAUGUGGGUGCUUUGUUUAGAGUGUAGCCGCGCUGCACGGAAAGAAAGGAAUCUACCGCACCUGCGUACUUUUCUUUGUUAUUCCUGCUGCUGCUGCUGCUGCUGCUGCUGCUGCUGCUGCCGCCGCUGUUGUUGUUUUUGUUGUGGGCACGGCAACCUCUGGCGGCAGUCUCCUGCGGACGGAAGGCCAAACCAAGCCGUAUGUUAUUGCGUUACCUCGGGCACCUCGGUUCAAAAUAAUAUACAGAUUGCAGGUUAAGGGCGGUUGUUGGUGCGUGUGGAUGUGUUCGUAUGUAGCAUUCCCAACUUGCUGCUUGCCCUUCGGCCUGCCUUGUGAAAUAUUUCUUUCGUUCUUUGUUGUUUUUGGGGCGUGCGAUUUUUCUACAUAUGUACGUAUGUAGUAUAAGCGACAAGCUCCAGCAAGACACGUUGGCAAAUGUUGCGAUGUGCAGGUGUGGAGGAAGAACUUUACUAAUACAUGUGUUCAC